GUUCGUUUUAUUUAUUCUCUGCCACACAGCUCCCAUGCUCUUGCAUCGUGACUGGUUCCCGCUUUUCAACCGCCUGCCUGCAUCUGUCUACGACAUGAUGGACAAGUACAACAACUGUGACGACAUCGUCAUGAACGCUGCCGUUAGCAACGCGACGCAGCAUCCGGGCAUCUGCUUCAUUCCGCGGCAUCGACACUAUUCGAAGAUCGAUAGCAAAGCCAGGCAGUUCAAGGGAGUGAAACACAAGGAAACGCAUAUGCUAGACAGGACACGCUGCCUAAACGAGCUCAGCGCCAUCUAUGGCCACAUGCCGCUACGAUACAGCUACAAUUACGUCACCACUGUAUUGAGGAGGGAUUACAGUAAUUAAAAAUGUUAUACAUACGUAUAUAUACGAAUAAUGUAUACGUUCUGAAUCGCAAAACUCCCAUAGAAACUGCGACGCACUAAACUUUGUCAUAAUUCAAAUUUCCACCAAUUAGAGCAGGUUAUUGUACAGGAGACAGUGCUAUCAGGCCCUUUACCAGCCUUUUACCGUUUAGCGUAUACGAAACGCAAGAUGUGAGGUUGUAAGCGCAAACAGGAACACAUCUUCUUUAAUUAUUCUGCGAUUGAAAAAUGAAAGGAACAAGAAGUUGUUGCUGUAUAGCCUGAGGAAGAGAAUAUAUAUUCUGGAAACCUCGCAAAAAUGAA